AUGUUUCGAUGUAUACCUUUGUUCAAAUGUAAUCGUCAAGUGGAAUGUGUAGACAAGCGGCACUGCUCGUUGCCAACAGUACCUGAAGACAUUUUACGUUACUCCAGGAGUUUAGAAGAACUGUUUUUGGAUGCUAAUCAUAUACGGGAUCUGCCUAAGAACUUCUUCAGAUUACAUCGACUGAGGCGUUUGGGUCUUAGUGAUAAUGAAAUACACAAAUUACCAUCAGAUAUUCAGAACUUUGAAAAUUUAGUUGAACUAGAUGUAUCUCGAAAUGGUGAGUUUUACAUUGAUUAA